AUGACUGUGCUGCGCCCUACUGUAUUAGAUGUUGGAUUUUCAGUUAUGACUUGGUGCCUAAAACAAUACGUGGAACUUCUUAUCAAAGAAGGUCUAGAAACAGCAAUCAGCUGUCCUGAUGCUGCCUGCCCUAGGCGAGGUCAUCUGCAAGAAAAUGAGAUUGAGUGCAUGGUUGCAUCAGAAAUCAUGCAAAGGUAUAAGAAGCUACAGUUUGAAAGAGAAGUGCUUUUGGACCCAUGUCGGACUUGGUGUCCAUCCUCGUCUUGCCAGGCAGUUUGCCAGCUCCAGGAAUCAAGCCCACAGGACCCCCAGCUGGUCCAGUGCAAAGCAUGCGACAUUGAGUUCUGCUCGGCUUGCAAAUCUAAUUGGCAUCCAGGUCAAGGCUGUCAAGAGAACAUGCCAACCUCUUUUCUUCCAGGAGAAACAAGUUCAGGUUUUAAAAUAGAAGAUGAUGAUGCUCCAAUCAAACGUUGUCCAAAGUGUAAAGUUUACAUUGAACGAGAUGAAGGCUGUGCCCAAAUGAUGUGUAAGAACUGCAAACAUGCCUUUUGCUGGUACUGUCUGGAAUCUCUUGAUGAUGAUUUUCUCCUUAUACAUUACGACAAAGGACCGUGUCGAAACAAGCUGGGACAUUCCAGGGCAUCUGUUAUCUGGCACAGAACACAGGUGGUAGGAAUUUUUGCAGGAUUUGGUCUUCUACUUUUGGUGGCCUCCCCUUUCCUUCUACUUGCUACACCAUUUGUUCUGUGCUGCAAGUGCAAAUGUAAUAAAGGCGAUGAUGACCCUCUACCCACCUAA